AUCAUCGCGAGAUCACGUGGAUGACGAGGUUCGGUCAAAAUCUGUUGUUUGCGGAAAAAAUGGAAUUUGGAUUUCCUAUGUACAAACAAAUGUAAUCGGCGUGCUUCAAGCAAACGAUAUUUCCUUGAAACUUAUUUCGCCCUUCAAACGGGUGUGACUGCAACAAAACACCUCCAAAAUCACUCCCUUCAUUUACUGAAGCCAUGAGCCAGCCACCCAGAAACAACCGCGCGCACAGAGAAAGAAACGGAGGAGACCAUGGUGAGCAGAGAGAGAGAGAUGCCCGCAGCCGAAGGGACAGUCCAAAUGACCGACGAACGACCAGUGGCAGGACGUCCAACGAGUCAUCAUAUUACCCACAAGGAUCUCAGAGACAUGAAAGGAGUGUUCCUCGAGAGGAACAUCAGGAGUCAAAAUGCUCUUACAUCUGUUCCAGGAGAGGUAUUAUUUUGAUAUGCGCUAUCCUGACCAAUGUGUUGGUGCUGAUCUGCGUAGUGGCUGCUCACAUGUCUCAGAUGGGCAUGUCUGCGAUGGGCAUGGGCGGAGGGAGCUUCAUCGACGCCAUGAUUCCUUUUGAAGGGACGGAGCUUCAGCAAGUACGUGAUCUUGACAUGCAGUAUGGACAAAUGAGAGCGCCUGGUGUCUAUGGGGGCGUGGCCUUCAGCCUCACGUUUGCCGCACUUUCACUCCUGUUCGUUGUCGCCAGCACCAAACCCGCCCACCGACUACCACGAAAGCUGCUGAUUGGACAGUUUGCUUUCCAAAUAAUCGGCGGGGUGGCGUACGUGGUUGCCGUGGGCUUGUACCUGCAUUUUGUGAUCUCUGUGAACUCAACCGACGUGUGCAAUCGGCGCGAGCGGAUUUACGCCCGUCACGGAUAUACCUGGAUGAACUGUAGCGUAAGCGGGGGGGAUGCAGCUGUCGCACUUUUCGGACUCAUAACAGCAAUUUUGUACGCAAUUGGGGGCGUUUUUACUGGUCAAACACUUCGAGAUGUCAGUCGCUACUUUAAGGAGCGUAGCCGCUAUGAAGCCGAACAAAGACAACCUAAAAACUCCCAGAAUGCACGUCUUCAUCCUGAUACUUAUGUCUAGCUUUUGUAUUCAAAACAUGGACUAUGUCCUUAACUCCUGGACUAGAUGUAUAUAAACAAAAUAUAAAAAUAUGUUCUUUUUUUACAUUUUUAAACAUUUUAACUGUGAGCGUUAAAGUACAUUUUCUAUUAGUGUGAAAUAGAAAAUAAAAAGUUGUAAGAGGAAAGUAUUGGCUAUUAGUUAGGAUGUUUCAUUUUGAUAUGAAUUGGAUAUUGAACAAUGAAUUAUGCUUGAGAUUUUAGGUUUGUUAUUUCUCCAUGACUGUUUUUCCAGUAGGGGACAGCAAAUACACAUCUUUGCUGCUUCGCUUUUAGCAGCUCCUCAGUCGUGACCUUUAAAAAAACUAUGAAGUUUGACCUUAAAUAGCCUUAAUGCUGAAAGAAUGACCUCAGGAUUUUUUUUUUAUAAUUUACAGAAAUAAAAAAUAUUUUCAAGCAUUC